AUGGCACCAUCCACAUCUUCUAUCCAAGGUGCAAUUGUCUCCGCCUUACGAGUGAUAAUCCUCAAUCCCCAGUGGAAGGAUAAAAUCACGACAAUCCGCUUUCAACUGACUGAGACCAUGUCCUCCGAACUAUUUUCACUCGCUAAAGAUGAGUCCCUGGCCACCCUCAAGGAGAAACUGGGUCGAGCAACGGAAUUGCCCAAUCUGACUGAGGUUGAGUUUUAUUUCACAACACCAUUGUCCAAAGGGCCCCACAGAAUCCCGACCAUGCUGUUUGCACAGCCUACUCCGACUUCAAGUCAAAUGGUACUCUCUCGGCUUCUUCAAGAAGAGCGCGAUCACAUGAGGCAUCUGAUAGACCUCUUACCAAGUCUAUUUGCACAAGUCCAAAAAUUGCGACUUAACCGGAUCCACUACUACGGCGGGCGUAGUGUCUCUGAACCGAUCGAAAUGAACGAGCCAUUAGUAGUGGCAGUUUCCAAGAUUUUAGAGAGAAGAACUAUCGGCAUUGAUCGCGUGGUUACACGACCGUUUAUUACAGCACAUCCCGAAUCACAGCCAGAUCCCAUUUAG